CUUUAAGCUCUUUCUUGACCGUCCGCGACUAUGGCCAGGGAAAGAUUUUCACCUAAUGACCAGGGCAGAGCGACCGCGCAGAGGAUCGGGACUCGUAUCUGUUCGGUUUAAAAGCGAAAACGGAUAUAUAAGACGACGAGCGGCGGUCUGACUGCGCGCGCGAGAGACAAAACCAAUCACUCCAAGCACUUUUACGCGGGAGUUAGGAUGUCGACAUGACGCACCUCGAGUUGUUUUAACAGCUUGGGAAGUUGCGGGCAGCUUUUUCUUCAUCUUUUACGCGUGGAUGAAUGCCACAAGAUUCAAGUGCCUUGUUUACACGUUUCUGUUCGUGAACCACCGCCGUCGGUUUCAGAGAGAAGUUGCAUCCGUCGAGAGGAAGAGGAUUUCAAACCAGCAGCAGCAGCGUUCACGUUAAGUUAGUUUGUUCUUCUGGAAACCGCUCGCGCUCCUUCGAUGACUCUCGACAACUUAAAACACUCCGCGAUACUCUCAACUUUGUUUAAGAUGGCUGACGACAAUGAUUUAAUAGGUGCCACGGAGUUUAUUAAAGAUCGACUCUAUUUUGCAACAUUACGGAGUAAGCCUAAAAGCACCGCAAACACGCAUUACUUCAGCACGGAUGAGGAGUUUGUGUACGAAAACUUUUAUGCCGAUUUUGGACCCCUCAAUCUCGCUUUGCUGUACAGAUACUGCUGUAAACUCAACAAAAAGCUCAAGCUGGCAAGGUGUAGUUCUCUCAUGUGUUCAUGUUUUGGGAUAUUAAAGUCGUUUACACUGACCAGAAAGAGGAUUGUGCAUUACACCAGCUUCGACCAGCGCAAAAGGGCUAACGCCGCCGUGCUCAUCGGUGCUUAUGCUGUGAUUUACCUAAAGAAAACACCAGAGGAAGCCUAUAGAGCCCUUAUCUCUGGCUCCAAUGCCUCAUAUCUUCCCUUCAGGGAUGCUUCAUUUGGGAAUUGCACAUAUAACCUGACGGUUCUCGACUGCUUGCAAGGCAUUAGGAAGGCCCUCCAGCACGGAUUCUUGAACUUCGAGAUGUUCGACGUGAACGAGUACGAACAUUACGAGCGGGUCGAGAACGGAGAUCUGAACUGGAUCGUCCCGCGUAAACUUCUCGCUUUUAGCGGGCCGCAUCCGAAAAGUAAAAUAGAGAACGGUUACCCUCUACACGCCCCUGAGGCUUAUUUCCCAUAUUUCCGUAAGCACAACGUCACCAGCAUAGUACGCCUCAACAAGAAGAUCUACGACGCCAAGCGCUUCACAGACGCCGGUUUCGACCAUUACGACCUGUUCUUCGUAGAUGGCAGCACGCCCAGCGACGCCAUCACCCGACGCUUCCUUCACGUCUGCGAGAGCACGGACGGAGCGGUGGCCGUGCACUGCAAGGCGGGUCUAGGCCGGACGGGCACUCUGAUUGGCUGCUACCUGAUGAAGCACUACCGCUUUACGGCUGCCGAAGCCAUCGCUUGGAUCCGCGUCUGCAGACCUGGCUCUAUUAUUGGACCCCAGCAGCAUUACCUAGAAGAGAAGCAGGCGAGUCUCUGGGCGCAUGGAGAUAUUCACCGCUCCAAGCAGCGGCAGUACGAGGACAGAUCUGUGCCUCACCUCAUCUCCAGCAUGGACAACCUCUCCAUCAACACCUCCAUCUUUAAAUCACACAGCUUGGACCGCAUGGAGGAGAACGAUCACGCAGAAAACGAUCUCGGUAUGACUCAAGGAGACAAACUGCGUGCCUUAAAGGGACGACGGCAACCGAGGUCUGCAACCACCGGAGCCAUAAGACUUGAGGACAUGAAGAUACACACUAGGUCUGCAUCUCAACCUCUCAGUCGAGUGAAAGCAGCAGCUUCUGGCCAGGGCUCCAUCUCCCCCCUCAAAUCCUCUAAAGUCCCACCAUCCUCCUCCGUCUCUGCCUCUGCCAAACGAAUUGGCCGCUCUUCAUCUUCAUCAACCAACCUCAAGAGCACCAGGUUAGCCAGCUCUCUGGGUAACCUGUACGAACCAAACGGUGAAGCCAACAGCUCUGGAAAACCUCCUUCCCCUUCCUCGUUCACUUCCCACCCUGUCCGCACGGGCUACAGCGGCCCGGUCACCACCCACAAUUACCACUACGAGGUCAACAACAACAACAGUCAGUAUAACAGCACCAGCACCCCCAACAGCAACGGGGUGAGCCCGAGCAGCGGGGCAAAAAGCCUGACCUACAACCUCAACAACAGCGGCCCGAGUGGACCUUCCACCAAUGGAAGGCUGGGGGCCGGUGAACAGGGUCACCACAGAAGCCCCCCCACGGGGCUGAGCGGGCUCUCGGCACGAUACCUCAGCCGGUCCAUUCCUUCCCUUCAGUCUGAGUAUGUUCAGUACUAAAGCCGCCGCCACCUUCCGCUGACCCCCGUCCCGCGCUGCCGGCCUGGUUCUGACCCGCGAGGCCUUCACUGUGACCACCGAUUUGCUGAAAAAAAAAAAAAAAGAGCGAAGCUGAAAGGAAAUGCUUUGAGACUGAAGUGUCAGCCUCGUGGCGUGAUACGCCUCGCUUCGACAGGGCUGAUCUGGGAUCUGCUGCAUGCUGUUAAACGACACGAACUUGCCUUGGCCGUCCUUUUCAAAAUGUCUUUUCUUUUAAAGAGAUGCUCUCCGUGUAUGAAUAUACAUAGUUCAAUAUUUUUAGAUAAUGAAUUUUGUACUUUUUUUUUUUUUUUUUUUUUUUUUGUCCUAUUUUAUCUACACUUCUUAAUGCUCGACGACAAGGUUUGUUGAUAUUUGUGUAUCUUUGGAUUAGGGAAUUUGUUCUGACGUAAAUAUCACGUUUUUUUUGUCUCCUGAGUGUACUUACCGAGUAACAUAUCAAGUGCGGGGGCUAUAUUUGAAAGGUGCAAAAUGGUUCGACAGCAACGUGUCAUCUUCAAAGGGAUUUUCUGCCCGCGAAAGCCAUAGAGCGUGUGUUUUUUUUUUUUUUCUUCUUCAUUUGGGGUCUAAGGUUGGUUUGUCUCCACGCAACGGCGGGCGGCUAAUGAGAACGCAACCGAUUCGCAAGCAAACUUAUUUUUCUCUGCAAAAAUGAAGAGCUUUGUUUGUUCAGUAUGAGUAACGGGGUGGACUGCUUUUUUUUCCCCCCUAGCCAUUGUGACGACAUAAUGUGCAUUAUUAUUAAACUAAUACAGAACUGUGCUCGCAUGCGUUUCGAGAGCAUCAAGGGCUGUUGAAAACACAUCCGUCGACACUUCACUUUUCAGGAGUGUUCAUUUCACCAGCACAUCUGAUAUAUAGCAACUCAGAAUGUACGAGUGAGUUACAAGCUUUUGGCUGCUGGUUUUAACAUGCACCGUUUUUACGAAAAGUAACUCCAGCUGCUUAAAAUAUACAUUCAUGAAAACUAAUAUAAACAUAAUUAAAUGCAAACUUAGACGAGCUUUUGUGUAGGCCGUGAUAUGCGUAACAAAACCCUUUGUUAGUGCACAUAAUGAAUGUACAAACUAAUCCAAAAAAGGUCGUUCCAGUGUUCGAGGCUCAGAUUUGGUUAUUUUAGGUUUCGUUUACAAUCAAGCGCAAAUAAUUCAUCAUACAGUGUUCUUAAAGAUGACCAGCAGAGUUUAAGCUAAAACCUUUACAUUUUUUUUUUUUUGUUUUUAAUUUGACUUCACAUAAAAAUGAAACCGUCUCACGUCAUUCCAUACUUGACCUUAUUUCUUCUGUGAAACACAAAACAAGAUUUUUGAUUGUUGAACGUAAUAACGAAGGCACCAUAAAAGUGCUGCAAGUACCUCUCAGUUCUGUGUUAAAUGUCUUUUAAUUUUUUCUCAAAUUUCACCGAACGUCUCAAAUGAAAUCUUUUGAGGAAAAAUUGUAUCAAAAACAAACAUGUAUCCCAUCAAAACGCUAAUUUGACGUCAGCGUUGAGAUGCGCGCUAAAAAUAUGUACCAUUAUAAUCAAUGUCCUAAAAGAACAAUUGAAGCAAAAGAGGAAAUUUUAUGCAAAUUGCGAUGUACAUUUUUUUAUUUUUGUCACGCAAAGCUGUUGUACACCUUUGGCAAACUUCUGUAUUGUAUUUCUUCGUAAAAUAGCAGAAAGUACUUAUAUGGUGCACAUUUGGACCUCGGCAGCCUUAAUUUUAUUGAAUGGAACAGAGCAGCGUGAACAUUGUUCUGAAUAUCGUCUUUUGUGUUCCACAGAGGUAGGUCGGUAAUACAGGUUGAUGUUAGUUGAAUAAAUUGACAAUUUUUAAUUUUGUGGUUGAACUAAUCAACUAAUCUUUCUUUUUUUGAAUACAUACUCCAAUACAGGUUUAUGCAAUUAUAACAUGACUGUUCUGUAUCUAUUAGUCCUGUAGCACUCUGUACAUUCCACAUGGUGUUAUGAAUUAUGUGUAUAUAUAUAUAUAUGUAUGUUUUGGGAGAAUCUUAUUUGAUUGAAGCAUUCUACCUCUUUGACAUAUACAUGAUGUAAACUACUCUCUUGCUUAUAAAAAUAUAAAUCUAUAUUUUUGGAGCAGUGUGUAAAGAGAACCUAACAACGUUAGAGCAGUGUUUGCUUUUCACAAACACACUGAAUGGACCUUAAAAUACAAAGUAGUGGGUUGUACAUUAUUCUUUUGCUAUGUAAACACGAUUUCAAAGACCAGAACGAAAUAAAAGACUAAUUUUGCUUUA